GGGGAGGCAGCGCCGAGCCGAGCGGGUGCCGGGCGGAGCGAGCAUGAAGGACCGAACGGGGGAGCUCCGCGCGGCUAAGGACAGCGAUGAUGAUGAUGAAGUCACCGUUAGUGUGGACCGGGAUCGCUUCAUGGAUGAGUUCUUUGAACAGGUGGAAGAAAUUCGAGGGUUCAUCGAUAAAAUUUCUGAGAAUGUGGAGGAAGUGAAGAGGAAGCACAGUGCUAUUCUUGCGUCCCCCAACCCAGAUGAGAAAACAAAGGAGGAGCUCGAAGAAUUAAUGUCUGACAUCAAAAAGACAGCAAACAAAGUGCGCUCCAAGUUAAAGAGUAUUGAACAGAGUAUUGAACAAGAAGAAGGAUUGAAUAGAUCAUCUGCUGACCUGAGGAUAAGGAAAACACAGCAUUCCACAUUGUCGCGCAAGUUUGUGGAGGUGAUGUCUGAGUACAAUGCCACCCAGUCUGACUACAGGGAGCGCUGCAAAGGGAGGAUUCAAAGACAGCUGGAAAUCACUGGCAGGACCACAACCAGUGAGGAGCUGGAAGACAUGCUGGAGAGCGGGAAUCCGGCCAUCUUCUCCUCUGGGAUCAUCAUGGAUUCCAACAUCACCAAGCAGGCACUGAAUGAGAUCGAGACACGGCACAGCGAGAUCAUCAAGCUGGAGAACAGCAUCCGGGAGCUGCAUGACAUGUUCAUGGACAUGGCCAUGUUGGUGGAGAGCCAGGGCGAGAUGAUUGACCGCAUUGAGUACAACGUUGAGCACUCGGUGGACUACGUGGAGCGGGCUGUGUCUGACACCAAAAAGGCUGUUAAGUACCAGAGCAAAGCCAGGCGGAAGAAGAUCAUGAUCAUUAUCUGCUGCGUGGUCCUGGGCAUCGUCAUCGCCUCCACCUUCGGCGGCAUUUUCGGCUAGAGCUUGCCAAGGCGAAACGUUCUCUGUAGACAAUGCGAUGGAGCUGCCGGGCUGCCAGGGCCCAGCCGCGCCCGAGGGGGGCCAAGCCCUGCAGCCGCCAGGGAGGGGCCUUCCCAGCAGAAUUUCAGUUUCUAAUGCAUGAUCGUUUUGUAACACUGUGUGUCCGGUGCGGUGCGUCUGUGUGGCGAGGGGCGGGGCUGGGCCCGAUGGAGGGCAGAGCACGCAUGCAGCACUGAGCCUGAAGCAAGGCAGCCCGCUGGCGCAGUGGGGGGAAGAGGGAGGCAGGCUGCCCUCAUGCCAGGCGCAGGACAGCAGGCGCAGGACAACGGCACUGGGCGAGGGAGAGCAAGGGGCAGUGCUGUGUCCCCCACAGAGCAGAGAGCUAGCCAGCCAGUGCCCACCCAGCUUUGUAGCCUGGCACUGCCAGUGGGUGUUCACUGGCCAUCAUAGCGCCUUCUGCAUCUGCUCUGCCAGGGCAAUACUGACAAAGUGCCACAUUCCUCUGCCUGCUCCCUGCAGUGCCUCCUCCCUAGGGUACACCUGGCCUGCAUCUACCCCUCUGCUGCUUCCCGCAGUGCCCCUCUCCCCAGGGCCCGCCUGGCACUGCACCUGCCCCUCUCUGCAGUGCCCCUCUCCCCAGGGCCCGCCUGGCCUGCAUCUACCCCUCUGCUGCUUCCCGCAGUGCCCCUCUCCCCAGGGCCCGCCUGGCCUGCAUCUACCCCUCUGCUGCUUC